UAACAAUCUAAUCAAAUCAAUAACAAUUAUUUCACUCAACUAAAUUGUUCUAGUUUCUUUUAUGUAGCUUUGUGUUUUUCAACUCACAAUUGUGUCUUCAUUUCUUAGCUUUAUUUACACAACUAUGAAUACAAAAAAGAAAUUGAUUCUUCACUCGGAUUUUGAGGUCAUUAAAACAACAGAGGAUGGAAAAUGUGACAAACUUAAAAGCGAAAAUCAUCAAAUGAAUGUUAAAGGCUCUCUCGGAGUCUCUCAUUCAUCAAGUCAAGAUGAAAGAGCUGAAAGUUUACAAUCGAUCACAUAUAAGAUCGAUAUGAUAGCUGAUCAAUUGAAAACAUCCGAUGAUAACGAAAGAAAAAACAUUGAUAUGUCAAUCAAUGGAGAUAAUUCUAUAUAUAAUAGUGAUUCAGCUAAUUCAACAAGCACUUUGCUAGCCUCAAGAGAUGAGAAAGAGAAAUUAAAUUUCAACGAAAAAGAUUUAGCACCACCUCUUUUGGAUUCGCAACGGAGGAAAAAGAUACCAGAGCGGCCAAGCCAAAGUUUAAAUCUGUGGUCAUUUUUAAAGAAAUGUAUUGGUAAAGAGUUGACGAAAAUUCCUAUGCCUGUUAACUUUAAUGAGCCUCUGUCAAUGUUACAACGAUUAACCGAAGACUUUGACUAUGCUCAUUUACUCCAUAAAGCAGCAACAAUCAGCGAUAGUUGUGAUCAAUUAGUUUAUGUCGCUGCAUUUUGUGUCUCCAGUUAUGCAUGUACAGGUAUCAGACUGAACAAACCAUUUAAUCCUCUUCUAGGAGAAACUUAUGAAUGUGAUAGAACAUCUGAUUUGGGAUGGAAGAGUAUAACCGAGCAGGUGAGCCACCACCCCCCUAUGUUAGCACUUCAUUGUGAAGGUAAAGGUUGGAAAUGUUGGAGUGAAUUUGGUUUAUCAAGUAAAUUUCGAGGAAAAUAUUUACAAGUGAAUCCAGUGGACAUAAGUCACCUCGAGUUUCCAGAGCAUGGUUAUCAUUAUACUUGGCACAAAGUCACUACAACCAUUCACAACAUUAUCGUUGGUAAACUUUGGGUGGAUAAUCAUGGAGAUAUGGUGAUUACUAAUCACACAACUGGUGAUAGAUGCCUCUUGAAAUUCAUACCUUAUAGUUACUUUUCACGAGAUAUUCCUAGAAAGGUGACUGGUAAGAUUGUAGAUUCGAAAGGAGUAACAAAAUGGAUUAUUCAAGGAAUUUGGGACGAAUAUAUUGAGUCCGCACUAGUUUUCGAUAAACGAACAUCAGCCAAAGGAAAAUCAAUCUACGAUACAUCUCCAUUCGUUCGUGUCUGGCAGAAAACUCGCAAUAUGUCUGAAUGCGAAAAAAUGUAUAAUUUAACUGCUUUAGCUGUUCAAUUGAAUGAACCAGAAGAAGGAGUAGCUCCAACCGAUAGUCGACUCAGACCAGAUCAACGAUUAAUGGAAGAAGGUAAAUGGGAUGAGGCUAAUCAAGUGAAAGGAUUACUGGAAGAAAAACAAAGAUCGACCCGGAGAAAGAGAGAGGAAGAAGCUGCUACUAAUCCAGAAGCUGAAGUUUCUUAUGCACCAUCUUGGUUCAAGCUUCAAAUCGACCCGAUUACGAAUAAUCCAGUCCAUGUUUAUAACGGUGAUUAUUGGCAGUGCAAACAGAAACAAGAUUGGUCUCGGUGUCCAGUGAUAUUUAAUUGUGAUAAAGAAAAUGACUUAAAGUCAGUAUCAGCAAUAGGAAAAGUUUAAUGGGAUAUUUUACUUCGUGUGCCCAUCGAUGAUUCACCUAUUCAACUAAGAGACUUAAUCAAUUAUUAUCAUGAUUGAUAAUUUCCAUUAUUUUCGGAUGAGCUCAGGAAAUAGACUCCAGAGAUUUAAACUCCAGAAGAAGCUCUAAAGUUCUAUAUUUUAUUAUCAAUAUUUACUUUUAUAUCUCUUUUAAUAACUUUGACAAAAGAUGCUUAAAAGUAAUUGAAUGGUA